GGGAAGGUAUCAUAUCCAAAAGCAUUCUGGUUUCUCACUGGUGUAUAAGUUAAGGUAAAAUUUCGAGGCUCGGCAUGUUCAGGUUCUCUCCCCAGAGAAAUCCAAGAUCCAGAGGCUUCAAGGUGAAGCAUGCUCUACAAAUAUGUGUUCUGCUUGGCGUUUGUGUCUGGCUGGCUUAUCAAGUUGGACACUCUCGUGACGAGAAAGCAUCCUAUGGUGAAACUACAAAAUCUGGCAGUGAGGUUGUCAAGUUAGGGAGGAAGGACCCCCAUCCUUAUGUGGGGCAAUCUCCUGUCAUAGAAGCAAGGAGCAAGGAGGAGGAGGAUGAAGAAGAAAGCAAGCAUGAAGAGCAAAACAAGCUAGACGAUGUUAAUGAGAAUGACAAUAAGGCCAACAAGGAGAGUGAUAUUGUAAUGAAGGAGAAUGAAGAAAACAAAAAUGAGGGGGAGGGCAAUGAAAGUAGAGAGAUUAGUGAGGAAAAAAGUCAGCAAGAAAAUGAAGAGACAAGAGAGACAAGGAUGGACAAUAAGGAGAAUGAAGAGAUCAACCAAAACAAAACUGAAGCGAAGGAACAUGUGGAGGGAAAUCAUGAGGAAGUUAGUAAAAAAGAUAACGAGGAGAGCAAUGCAACACAAAAUAAGAGAGAAGAUAAUGAUAUGAUUAGGGAAGUGGUUUCAUCUGAAGAACGAGUUCAGGAUGGGAAAAGGAACAGUGAGGAGCCUAGAGAGGAUCAUUAUGCCGAAGAUAAUAAUGCCUAUAGUGCUGUAGGUUUUAACAAGACACAACAAUCUGACAAAACAGAAAAGAUUGAAUUGGUGGACUCUCAGACAAAUGGUACUGAAGUAACUCAUCUUGAUCACAAUGAGCCGGUGUCAAUUGUAACAGAACCAGAAACUACAGAAGUGACUGAUUCUGCUGUCACAACAACCAACCAAGGAAAUGGUAGUGAGAAUCAGGCUGAGACAAAGAAUGAUUCGCAGAAAAGUUCCAUUAUAGAGUCAGAUGAGCAGCGGAAUGAUGGUGUGGAAACUCUUCACUUGCAGAAUGGGACUGGCACAACAUCUAAUACAACUGAAAAACAGUUUAAACCAUCAGAAAACUCCAACUCCAAGGUAGAGGACUCCAGCUUGCACAAUACAACGCUAAAAACGGAAGAUUCACAAGCUGAUUCAACCUUUACAGAUUCCUCAGGAGCUCACGAGAGCAAUGUGACUAAUGGGGGAUAUAAGGAUACCUUUGCUAAUUCUGCUCUGAGAGAAAAUACCAACAACAAUUCCAUCCAAGAAGGUCUACCUGAAAAAAUUUUAUCUUCCAAUUCAAAUGGCAAUAAAGAUGCUAGCCAAGAGGUGCAACUCACUUCCUCUGAUACAUCAUCAGAACCAAAGAAAGAUGAAUCCUUCAAGUCGGUGAAUAGUACUGAUUCUGGGCAGAAUGACAGUGUGAACUAUGUUCAGAGCAACACAAACAGCGAUGGAAGUACUAAUAGCAACAUAGAUGCAAGCCAAGUCAAUUCCUCCGAUAGUGAUACUUCAUCCCAACAAAACAGAGAGGCAUCCUCAAGUUCAAAAGUUAGCGAUAAUGCUGGCCAGAAUAACCCAAACCACAAGGAAAAUGCAAAUGACAAUGGAAAUGAUAGCCAUGAUGAACUAGUCAAUGCUUCUGAUUCUUCCAUUCCUGAACAGAAAGUUGCAUACUCAAAGAAUAAUGAUGAUGCAGGGCAGGUUGAGAAUGAGAAAACUGUUCAGAGCAAGACAAGUGAAAAUGAAGAUGGAGCUCAAAAUGAAUCAGUGGUAUGGCAAAAAGAGAAAGAAGAAUCAACACACUCAGAUGGCCACAGCAGUUCUAAAUUGAAUGAUCGAGGCAGUUCUGAUUCUUCAAAUCCCCAGGAUGUCGAAUAA